GUGACGCUUGAACCUUCAGGGGUGGAUGGUGUCUGUGUGACGCGUCUGAAGGGGCGUGGGUGGUUGUGAUGGGCAUGGGAGGGCAAUACGACGCCCGGGACUCUUAUAAAAAGUACUAUAUAGUGACAAUGUGAUACUAAGAUAGGAACAAAUCAGUUCUGUAGAUAAACAUAGUUGUAGUGAAAGAACAGAAUAAACUUCAAAUACUAAGAGAGUAUUGAAAGCUAGAAGAAUCACCAAUGUAAAUAUUGAGUGAUAAAUACAAUUAAAUGUAAAUAAGAAAAAAGAUGAUAACUUAAGAGGAACUACAGAAUGGCGAAAAAACAUUGCUGGCGUCUGAGAACUCACCAAAACAACCAAGGCAAUAGAAGAUCUGUGGAGUGAGGGCACGAGUGAGUGAGAGAGAGUAACAGCAAUCUUGAUGAGGUCGAUGAGGGGCAUGAAACAGCGUCCUCAAUUGCCUGACUCAAGAAGACACCUGCAUGUGAGGAAAACUGUCCAAGAGGUUGUAUGGUUGAAAGGGACUGACCGAAAGAGAGAGAGAGAGCUUCUUUUGAUAUCUUGACUCACCGAUACUCUUGGUUCUCAUGCGAAGGAAACAAAAGUUUUCCCCAAGACGACCAGAAGAAAGCAAAACAAGUGUAUACAAAAGCCUCGGGGAAACAGGAGAGUUAGAAUAAGGAGAAAGGAAAAAAAACUUGUGUGUGUGUAUCAAUCAAGAAACAAGAACAACAAAAGGCGUAUGGAACUUAUCAACCAACAGUCCAUAGUGAUUAUCCAACCUUGUCUGACACGUACUGUGGAUUAUAAAGACACAGUUAAGGUGGAAUAAAGUGCCUGUGUAUAAGUGCGUUGGUGUGACGAAGUACAAGACACGGAGAGACUCAAAAGAUCCAAUCAAAGUGACGCAAAAGAUUGAUCACACUCUCCCGAUUCGAUUCACAGUAGAAGAAAAAAAAGUGGAAUCUAGAAUCGGUGUAAAAGAGGAGAGGUGUGGCGUAGAAGAGUGAUUCGUGCUGCUAACAAAGAGGGUUGUAAGAGAGCGUGGAGCAGCAGGAGUGAGUGAGGAAGAGGAGGGGGGGGGGCAUCAGUGGACACAGUUGAACGGACAAGAGGACUGUGGGCCGCUAACUCUCAACGACAUGGCAGCCACAACCACCGUCACCACCGGAAAGUCGCCCCUCGCUGUCAGAGAAGGAGCGGUGUUUGGUUCGUCGUAACUCUAGCCUCAACACCCAGCUCUCCCGUCUUCAGAUACACUGCAAGACCCUCAACUCUGAGAACUCUACACUGAAAAACAAGAUGGAAGUGGAGCUGGAGAGACCACUGGACCUGAGAGAUAAAGAGAGACACAGACAACGAGAGAUGCAACUGUUGAAGAGGAAGAACACAGAGUUGGCCACCAUCACCAGAAAGUUGGAGGAGAAAGUCAAAAAUCUCGAGAAGAAAACCAAAGAGUCACCCGCCACUGAGCGUCGCAACCAGCUGGUGGUGAGACAAAGGGAGAAGGAGGCGCUGUACGAGAAGCAACUCCACGAGAGAGACAAGGAGAUACAGAGACUUAAACAACGCAUGAGAGAACUAGUCAGGAAACUCACUGGAAAGAACGGCGAGAUCACGCGGGCACAGAGCACGCUGGAGCUGGAACAGAUCAUUCGUACUGUGACCAAGGAGAGACUACAGCUGGAGAGACACCUCGCGGCCGCCAGUGAGGGUCUGUCCCGCGGAGGGUCGGGCGAGGCAGACGUGGGGCGGUUGGCGUCGCUGGAGGAGACUAACAACACCCUGAGGCAGCAGCUGGAGGAGUUGGAGCUGCUCACCCGCCAGCACCACACCCUCCAGCGACACGUCCAGGAGAAGGACCUCGAGUGCGUCACCCUCAAAGAGAAGCUCAAGCUCAAGAACGAACUCUGCCACGAUUUGGAUGCCGCCCACCACCCACAUCAGGAAUCUCAGUUGGCCCGUGUUAUCGAGAAGAACACAGAACUAACGAUCCAGAACUCAGACCUUCAGAAACAAAUACAAGAAUUACAACUACAACAUGUCAGCGAGGAGUGUAAGACGCUGAAACACACACUCAACCAAGUGGAAACAGACUGGUCGACAGCCAAGGUUCAGGUCGGAAGUUUAGACGGAAAAGUCGGCAACCUGGAGUCUGUACUUCGGCUUGAAGAUGUGUACGGGCUGGCAGACGGUGCGAGGCCCAGGGGGGGCAGCAAUCUCGAAACCGUCCUGAUUCAAAUGAAAGAUGCUGCUGACAAGCGGCGGGAGUUGGAGCGGCAACAUGCAGAGGCACUGGCCCAACUACGAGAGCGACAGGCGUCCAUCGCUGACCCCUCCAAGGCCAACGAGAAGGAGCGCAAGGCUUCAGUCGAGGUGGUCGAGGCACUGCAGUCUAAAAUCCGCGAACUAGAGAAGAAAGCCGAGGUGCAGAAUCUUCGCCAUGAGGAACUGUUGCUUGAGAUGCAAAGUCUGAAGAAGUCUCAAGGCUCCCCGAAGAACUCGUGGUCAAGAUCCGGUUCUCUUAGUGCUGACCUUCAAAGCCCUGACUCCGGUGACGUGACGCCGGAUUCCAGUCAAAUUUUGUCCAAUGGUAGCACGGCCCGGUCGACGCCCGUGCCACACUCCGGGAUGGGCUUAAGUCUGCCCCACAGCCUUGACGUGAUUGGCUUGGUCGAUCUCUCUGAUUCUCUCUUGGCCCACCAACCCCCCAUGUCCACGUCACCUCUCGCUGGCCAAUCAGGUCAGAGCUGGCGCGAGGAGCGCGCUCAUUGGUCGCCCUCUCGCUCAUCCCUCUCCCCCUCAAGAAGGACGCACAAGAGUCUCAACUCGCUCAACUCUAUAUCCUCUGGCGUCUACACCAAUACCACAUCCUCUAGUUUCAUCACCUCGGGGUCUGGGGGCUACCUAGGCUCCUCUCCCCUCCCCCAGACAGGCACUGUCGAAAAUGCCUCUUCGGAGAUCGACAGGAUUAUGGCCAAAAUAGAACAGGAUAACAAGAUCCUCGCUGAACUCGACAAAUCUCGAUCGACGAUAGGUCCCCAUCAUGUGAAACACGUGCAGUUCGUGGAUGGCUUGGCUCACAGGGCGUUCAUGAGCAGCUCCCAUGACAGCUCAGGACAUCAUCGUGGUGGGUACGGCUACCAUGAAUCAUCCCAUCAUGGUUCAGGCCACACGCAGCACCAUAGCUCUGGCCAGAAGCAUGGUGCCAGCCACAGGUCUCAUGGUAGCUCGAGUCACCAUCACGGUCAACAGCAGCAACAUGGAAGCCGCUCAAUGCCCCACGAUCACCAAGUUCACCAGCAGACGUCCAGGGGGCAGCAGAACCCCCGGACACGGGUUCUGCCUCACCAGCCGGCUCCUCACCGCCUUCACCACAUCGGAGACACGGCCCCCACCACCAUGUCCCGAAUCAAAAGUUUUCUGACAGUGCCGAAGCCUCACUUUGGUCGCAUAGGGCUGAACAGCUUAUCAUCCACCACUACCGGAGCCACCACCUUUAAGACGAGUGACGUCAUGACCUCACUGGGUCUGGUCUCUGGGAACCUGACAGGCAUGACACCUUCCUCCUUUAUCAUGACGGGGUCUGGCUAUAGCGGGUCUCUGGCGGGGCAGGCCAUCACCACCACCGUGCCCGCCAUGGACCUCUCCAACCCCAUAGUCAACCCCCUGGGCAACAACCCCUUAGGGAUGAUGGACCCGAGUCUCUCUCACAUGGACACGACGGGUCUCAACUUUUCUACCCAGCUGGGCACCACAAACCCGACACUCGGUCUUACCUCCCUCAACUCCCUCACCGGCGGCACCCCUCUCAUGGGCACCAGCAGCACCAUAGGAGGACUCUCUCUCCACGGCACAAACCCCCUCUCCUCCGGCCUCACCACCUCCCUGGGCGGCAUGGUUGGCUCGGGGAUAGUUGGCGGGGGCAUCAGCAACCCCGUGUUCUCCAGCGUCAAUCCACUACCCACCAUCAUCACCACGAGUUACGACAAAGACGACAAAAACCUGGUGAAUGGAAAUAUCCCUGGCGUGAUGAUGCCGCCUUACGAGACCGACAACCGAGUCCUGGAUGUCCUCGAGAUACCUGGGAAGGGACGUUGUCAUGUUUACAUUGCCAGAUACUCGUACGACCCGUUCCAGCACUCACCGAACGAAAACCCGGAGGCGGAGCUGGCAGUGAACGCCGGGGACUACGUGUUGGUGUGGGGCUCCAUGGACGAGGACGGGUUUUUUGACGGGGAGCUGCUAGACGGGCGACGGGGUCUCGUCCCAUCCAACUUCGUGGAGAAACUAAUCGGUGAAGACCUCAUCGAGUUCCACCAGUCUGUGGUGAUGGGCCUCAGAGACGGCGACGAGUCCAUGUCUACCUCAGUUCCUCAGGACCUGGACUUUAUCUCUCAGGACGAGUCACAGCUCAUGAUAGAUACCAAGGCGCCCGUACAGUUUGUAAAAAACAUCUUCAAGGGUGUUCAAGGACUUUUCGGGCAAGGCGAAAAAAGUGAGGCUCCCACAUUGGUGUCGACCGUGCUGGGGUCCACAGGGUCGGCCGCACAAGCUUUCUUCCCUAAGGGGCCUCUGAUACCCCAGUCUGGCCAGGUGCAGGGGCUGUUCAACCCCCUCGGCUCCUUCAACCCCCUGGCAUCACAAGCAGGGCAGAAGGACCCUGCCCAGCACGGCGCCCUACCCGCUAACAUGGCUUCCACCCAGAUGCGGCACAACGCCUACACGAGCAACAUCGACUUGGAGGACAUCAUAGAGGAGGACGAGGAGACCCUAGGAGAACAUGAGAGACGACUUCUAGCACAAGGCAGGCUGCUUGGUAGGCCAGAAAUCCCACCGCCGGUCCAGCUCACCCUCGAACGACAGCUAAACAAGAGUAUCGUCAUCGGUUGGAAUCCACCUCCGGACGCGCCUCCAGGAUCCAUCGAGUCCUACCACGUCUACGUCAACGGCCUUCUGAAGACGACCGUCCGUGCCAGUGAGAGGACCAGAGCCUUGGUCGAGGGGGUCGACUCUACCAAGCUUCAUCGCAUCAGCGUUCGGUCGGUCACACCAAACCGCAGGACCUCUCGGGACGCGGCGUGUACUAUGGUGAUCGGGAAGGACUCGCCCCUGGGUCCUACAAGCGUCAAGGCCACCUCCAUCACCUCUACGUCUGCCGUCAUCUCCUGGCUCCCCUCUAACUCCAACUUCCAGCACACAGUCUGCGUCAACAACGUCGAGGUCCGCACCGUGAAGCCUGGCGUCUACCGUCACACGAUCACAGGUUUGUCUCCCAACACCACCUACCGUGUGACCAUCAGAGCCAAGAACCUUCGGGCGCCGCAGUUCGACGAGAAGGCCAGUAGGAAUCAGGACCGCCUCUCCACCACCAUCGAGUUCCGGACACCCCAGGGUCUUCCCGAUCCUCCCGUGGACGUGCAGGUGGAGCCAGGCCCUCAGGAUGGCUCCUUGUUGGUCACCUGGCUCCCCGUUACCAUCAACAGUACCGGCGGCACCUCCAACGGCGCCCCUGUCACCGGCUACGCUGUCUACGCCGACGGCAAAAAAGUCACCGAGGUGGAGAGCCCGACAGGUGAUCACGCCCUAAUAGACCUGACGAAGAUCCCCGGGUUCGAGCCCAAGCAGGUGACGGUGAGGACCAAAAGUCGGGAUAGUGUGUCUGGGGAUUCGGUGCCCAGCCAAAUCCCCACCCACUUCGGUCGUGGGCGUGGCCGAGGCAAGUUUCAAGAAGAUGAGGAAAUGUUGCUCUCAGACAUGGACCGUCCCUCCGAGUUGUCAGAUAUUGCCGAGGAAAGUGAGACUGAGUUGUCAGAUGAGGACAUGCAUGCCGAUGGCCAUAAAUCCGGCCCGCACCAUGGCCUGCCUGGGCCACACCACGGUCCCGCUGGCCCUCACCAUGGCCAGGGUGGCCCACAUCACGGCAUCACUGGUCCUGGAAGUCUAAGGGACAGGUUACUAGGGCGUCGAGGAGCCCCAGCUCCUGGAGUCAGGACUGACCACUUGGGUCAGACCAUCCUGGAGCACGAGGACAACCUGAGCGACAAGGAGAUCUACCCGGGUCAUCAACAGGGCCAGCAAGGCCCCCACGCCCCCAUCCCGGCCAUAGGCCCCACAAGGAGUGGCUUGGCCAGACUCUCAAACUCUUUAUUCAAUACCAUAGGGCAGUUAAAAGGCAAAGGCGCUUCCCGAGUCAGACAGAUAACCAAAGACAACGAGGGUCACGGCACAGUGGAAGGGUUCAACGAAGAGGACUACGAGGUUGGGCCAGGAGGGCGGGGACGAUUCGACCCCCGAGCCCCCCCUCCUAGGUCACAUCAGGAGCGAGGACGUCCCCCUCCACCACCUCACCCACAUCGACCUUUACCACGCGACCCGCGAGAACCCCGCGAAGGUCGCGACCCCCGUGACCAGCAUUACCGCGAAGGCCGUGAUCCUAGGGACCCUAGGGACCGACGGGACCCGCAUAUGAGGGAGCCACACGUCCCUCGAGACCCUCGCGACAGGUAUGAAGGAGAAGGGCGUCACCGAGGGGGCGAGUACGCCCGGGAGUAUGGACGCGGAGAAGGACGUGGGCGUGGCGGCGCUGUGCCAGGAGGUGAUCAACACACACGCAUCUUCGUGGCGCUGUUCGACUACGACCCACACACAAUGAGUCCAAAUCCCGACGCGUGCGACGAGGAGCUCGGCUUCCGGGAGGGACAGCUCAUCAAGGUGUUCGGCGACAAAGACCCCGAUGGCUUCUACUGGGGGGAGGCGGGAGGCAGCUCCGGCUACGUCCCCUGCAACAUGGUUUCUGAAGUACAGGUUGAUGAUGACAGAGUGGCGCAGGAACUAUUGAAGGAGUCAGAGUCCGGAAGACGCCGGAGGGACGGGUCAGUAGGACGCCGGGGACAUCAAGGGGACCGCUGGGGAGACAUCUACGCCAACAUGCCCGUGGGCAAGAUGAUCGCCUUGUAUGACUAUGAUCCCCAGGAACUGUCGCCCAACGUGGACUCAGAGGUUGAGUUGUCCUUUAAAACGGGUGACAUCAUAUACGUGUACGGCGAGAUGGACGACGACGGCUUCUAUAUGGGCGAGUUGAGGGGUCAGAGAGGCCUUGUGCCCUCCAACUUCUUGCAAGACGCGCCACAGGACUACUCCGAAGACCACAGGUCCCGCCGCGACACACUCGACCCCCGGGACAGAGCAGGUCCACCUGGCCAGCCCGCAAGAGGGCCAGGUCCGGGGGCUCAUGGACCCCCUCCACCUCCACGACCAGAUCAAAGAGAUCGCAGGAAAGACGAACCUGAAAACUUGGAUCAGCUAAACGACGAAAAGAUCCCAAUGAAAGAACCUUCGAAGGGAAUUUUUAGUAAUUUCAUGAGUGCCACAAAGGCGUCGUUUAGUAGAGCCACGAGCUUGGUGAAGGAAGUCAAACCUCCCACGGAUACACAACAAUCUACCGGGGACGGAGUCAACACAGAGGAUAUGAAGGGGGCCCAGGGGGCCCUGGGGGACCACCACCAAGACCUCGGUACCACCAGCAGCGCAGCGGAGAGAGGUGGUAGGUCUGUGUCCCGGGAAAGAGGAGUCACCAAGUCGUCGGCGACGACGGCAGGAUCCACGCACACUAACACGACCUCGUCAGCAGCUACUGCAGGAAGCUUAGCCGCCUCCAGGGCCAAGCUCAACGGCCUCGACCUUCUUGAUGAAGAAGUCGACAAUGGACCCGCCAUUUCCUCGGCGGAUCUGGACCAACUGAUGGAAGACUUCGACCUGAAUGAUCCCCUCGAUGAAGAUACAACUACCAUCACUAAGCCUGCGGAACCUGCCCCCGGGGCCAACAAGGAAGGAGAAGCCAAGGAGGAGAAGCCUGGCGGCCUGGCUGGGGCGCUGCCUGGUGGCUUGGGGGCAGGACUUUCCGGGCUACCAAACCCAAUGGGUGAAGGAAACCUCAUGGGUAAACUAGGCGACUUAGCCACGCAGAAUCCCGUAACUGAUGUGAUGUCUAAAGGAAAGGAUUUCCUCUUUAAGAAGUUUGGGCUAUGAGAGCCAGCAGCGUGUAGUCUGCUAACUUUUACUGUGCGAUGUGAACAAUUGCAUUUUUUACUGUUCGUGGUAUUUCUUGAAUGUCGGUGGUAGCCGCCGCCCCAGGAUACCCAAGGACAGGGAACAUGUCCAUUUUCAAAGUGCCGAAAAAAGUAACCCUCUUAAACAUCUAUAUCCCCAGUUUAUGCUAGACAAACUUAUCCCUCGUUUUGUAUCGUCACGACAGUAUCCUAUGAUUCGCUAUUUUAUAUCCCCCUCGAUGGCGUUGCAUCUGUACAGUGUACCAUGACCAAUGUUUGUACUGCUCGCUCCUGACUCAUGGGGUCUUACUGUUAAAUCUCAAAGGGCUGCCCAAUAGAUAUCUGGCAAUAAUCCGAGGGCAGUCCCUUCACUUUCAACUCUAUGACCCACGGAAUGAUCCUCUCCCUCUCUGACAGAGCUUUACGCAUGCGCAGUCGAGUCUCGCUGUUUAAGCUCAAGGUUUAUAUAAGUAAUUUCUUGUUCUAUGGUUUACACAAGAUUCGUAAAAAAAAAACAGUAUUGGCUGAUGAUGUCGUAAAGAGGGAUUGUUGAGGAACCUGUGACACUGUAUCUAAUGGAAAAUGUCUCAAUGUAUGAAACUGUUCCGUGGCUUGCGGAUCCCUCCUGGCGUCCCAUAUAUAGUGAGCAUGUUGUUUAUGUCUAGUCAGUCAGUCGCCAGCCAGCCAGCGAGACGGAGUCAUGGUGAACCUCCACUCAAACACAUCAUGUCACCACAGUGUCCACUACCAAAGACUCUGAAGCAUUUCUUUCCUCUCCCUUACAUCCUUUACGCCAUUAACUCCUCAUUUCGUCCAUGGAAUUCUUUUAAUUUACCAUUUGCUACAAAUUCUACCUCUUGAUCUUAUCUGCCCCUUCUCUCACGACUUUGUUUCGGAGUAUCGAGGAUAAGAAACAACUCUUCCGAACUUUUUUUUCUGUGUGGUGUUAACUGUCACUGGGCUCCUAAGCUGCUUCGUCAGGUCCCUCUGAAACGACACUGCUUCGAAACUUUCUCCGAAUCUUUUAUUGCCAGCCAAUCAGAAUUUGGCAGAAUCAGAUCCUUCCCCCAGAUAUGAGCUUCAUAACAUUUAAUUUUCCGUUUCGCGCCACAUAUACAGUUAAGAAUUGUGAAGUCGCAUGGAGGGAAAUAGUGGAGGAUAUUUGUUGUCAUGGUUGAGGAAGGUUUGUCAUCAACAGUGUCUUAACCAUAACAUAACACAUGGUCUCCUUGACGUAAUUAUCUUUACUGAUACAGUUUGUCUACAGAGUCACGCUUGUCAAUACAGGGCCUCUCCCUCGCCGUAACUACCCCCCCCCCUGCCCGCCGUAACUCCUCCCCCGCCGUA